UAGGCAUUUUGCGACCGGAAAAUUUCAAUAUGGCGUUCUGACAAGAGAAGAAAAUACACGCUAACAUAGACUGGUAGAGGGAGAUAUGUAGCAAUGCCACACCAAUGGACUUCAAUUUUUCUAAUACUUUUCUCCAUAUCAGCCCAAUUUUGGUUUUGUGGGAGUGAUUUGACCGAACUCAAAUGCGACGACUUGCUCCCAGGACAGUAUAAGUGCGAUGAGGCUGAAGUUGAUUCUGAGACCCAAUCAGCAAAAGGAUGCAGCAAAGACCACACAGUGGAAGUUAUGUGUCAUACUGUACCAGGGCUCACAUGCGAAAGUACAGAAACAAACAGUACUGAAUUCAAAAGAAAGGUCCCAUGUAGGCACACGAAUGGCCAUUCAUAUGAAAAUGCUCUUCUUCUCUCUAUAUUCCUUGGCAUGUUUGGAAUUGACCGAUUCUAUCUUGGCUACCCUGCUAUUGGGCUACUGAAGUUCUGCACAUUGGGGUUCUUUUUCAUUUUUCAACUUGUGGAUGUUCUGCUUAUUGCAACUCAGAUUGUUGGCCCAGCUGAUGGGUCGGAUUAUGUGAUUGAUUACUAUGGACCAAGACUCAUACAUAUUGUCAAGGAUAAUGCUACAUAUUACAAGCCACAGUAGCAGUUAUAAGAUUAGAUAGUACUUGCAUCAAAGGGAGUGUAGCUAGGGGGUGCAAGUUACCCUCAGGGGCGUAGCCAGGUGGGGGCCUUGCCCCCCCCUUCUAAAAAUGCAGUAGAUGUAUGAAACAUUAUCUAAAAUACAGGAGAAAAUGCCUUGAAAGGACCUUUUGGCCACCUCCUGUUAAAAAUCCUGGCUACACUGCUGCCCUUAGCUGCCAGUUUUUCUUAUCAAGAUUCACCGGAUUGUACACAUUUUCACAAAAAUGUAUACCUGCACAGCCCCCUUAAGUAAAUCCUCACCAUGUGCCUGUACCAACAAGAACACAGAGGUGCAGCUGCUUUCCUCUAAAAAGUAGGUAAGGCUUUGAGUUGUACAAAUUAAGAAAUUUUGUUGUAAAUAUGAACUACUUUGGCAUUCCAGAGCCUCCAAAAUUGUCAUCCUUAAAUGUGCAUGUUUUUCAACUCUCUGUUCUCAUGGAAAAUGUGCUGACCUUGCGUCUGCCCAAGCAAUUGUUACAGUAGGUUCCACCUUCAAGCUAAGGGGAUGUAGCCAAUAUUUUCUGAGAAGGGAGUGCACAUAAAUUUACAUAUGUAGCUACUGUAAUAUACUUUAUUAAAAUACACCAUGUCAUCUCUUCUAAGGAACACUAAAAAUUAAGACAAAAGA